AGAAGACAGCAGAGGGAACAAAGACCUGGGAGUCAUCUUCCUCUCGUCGUCAUCGUCGAAAUCAUCGUCAUUGUCGCAUCUCUCUCUCUCUCUCUCUCCUCGUCCUGCUCUUUUUCUGAGCAGAGAGCCGAGGAAGGAGAAAGCAGGCUGCCGUCGUCUUGCCUUCCUACCUCUCUCUGUCUCUGUCUCUGUCUCUGUCUCUCUCUCUAGAGAGAGCGUUACGCGUUGUGCCAGGCUCGAAGCAACAGGCGGCGACGGAAGGAACACGUCGACGGCUUCAUCUUCUGCACUGCACGACUCUGCCCUUCUGUUUUCCCGUCCUCUUCUUUCAGUUGGGGGUUUAAAGGUGCUGUCUUGACGCGCGAUACAAGAGUGAUGAAUUUGAUGGAGGGGACCGGGAGGCGUCGUUGGACAUGACUGAGGAUGAAAUGGUGUGGAUGGAUAUACCGGACGAGGUAAAUUCAUCGAGGCAGAGAGAAGCAGGAAUCGCAUGAGUGCAAGUUCUGAACUUGAAACAGAAUACUGCAGAGAUAAGGAGGAGGACGAGAAUUGCCGUCUUUUGCCAUACAUGGAUUGUGUUAGUAAUGUGGGUGAGUGUAUUACGGCCGCACCCAUUUUGCAUUGUGAUGAUUUUAGGGACGGAACGCGGAGGAAUGGAAGAUCGGCAGAAUCGGGUCAAGAGAUCAGUAUAUCGGAUCUUGUCUGGUGCAAGAUAAGGGGCCCUUAUUGGUGGCCGGGGAAGCUAAUUGGUUGCUCUGCCGGAGUGGCGAAGGAUUAUUUUGUGGUGGCUUGUUUUGGGCAUCAGGCACGUGGUCCUGAUCGAGUUUCGCUGAUAAAGCCAUUGUGGGAGCAUUUCCCACUGAUGGAGACACAAAGCAGCUCGGACAAGUUCUGUCAUGCUGUGGACUGUGCUCUCGGCGAACUCUCUAGGCGGGUGGAAUAUGUGCUGACUUGCCAGUGUGUGCCCAGAGAAGUGCGAACCAGGUUCAAACCUCAGGCUGAAGUUAAUGCUGCUUUGGUGAAAAAUUCAAGUCAACAGGGCACUGAAGAUAGUGUUCUAAGUACUGCUUCUUUUACACCUCGAGAACUUGUCAAGUAUAUAAAAAAAUGGGGUGUCUCGCCUAAUAAUGGACCUAGCAAACUCCUGCUUUCUGUGGCAAAGAGUCAAUUGUUGGCCUUCUCCCGAUGGAAGGGGUUUUCUCAGCUACCCGAAUUCAUAUCGUUCGGUGGGAAGUUGGAGAACGAGGUCGACAUGACUCUAUUAGGAGAUUGUCAUCAGAACCCUAUAGAGAUUGAUGGCAUUAAUCCAGAGUUCGGGGCCUGUCAUGGGAUGCCUGUGGUAAAGACAGGAUGUUACAUAAGCAACUUGAGUGAGUGUAAGAACAGUUUCCAAGAUGGAGUGCAUCCUGGAAACAAGAGAAAGACCUGCCUUGGCUUGCGCGCUGAGAACUGUCUGCGUACUUCAACUGAUGAAGUCGGGUCCUUUGAAAGAUCUCGUGGGAGCUCCUUUUUGUUUGGCAAAGCUGCUGGUCUGGAUGAAUCGGUAUCACCAUGUACAGGUGCUCUGACGGAGAUUAGCACAGAUCAAUCUGUGCACAUGUUUGAGCAAAAUCACAUGGGAAUGCUUGAGGUCCAGAGGAAAACAGAAUGUCACAUAAACAACUCAAACAAGCUUAAGCACAUCCCGUUUAAUGCGGUGCAUCAUGGAAGAAAGAGAAAGAGCUUCCCAGCCUCGUCAGCAAAGAAUUGUCAGCAUAUGUCGAUGGAUGAAGUUGGAUCAGAUCAAGGAGCAUGUGGGAACUCAUUUGGCAAAGCUGCUGGUCUGAAUGAAUCAGUAUCAGCAUGUACAGGUAUUCCGACCAUGAUUAGUGUGGACCAAUCCACGCAGUCCAAGCAAAAUCAUAGAGCAAUUCACAGGAUCCAUAAGGUUGCAAGUGAAUCAAAUGGGUCACUUACAUUGGAGGAGCAUCUUAAAGAAAGUCCCUCAGGUAGGAGCAACAUUAAUGCCCAUUCUGGUCUCACUCCUCAUGAUUCCUGGAGUAGAAAACACCUCCUUGGAUAUGCCCCUCCUAAACAGAAGCUGUUGCAGCUCUAUCUUUUUGCCGCCAAUCCCAUGAGACGGAGUAAAUUUCCGACUCGCACAGUGAGAUACUUCUCAGAACUCAGAAAUUCGGUUGUUCCGGAUCAUCUCCCAUUGAAGUCGUGCGGAGAGUCUGCACAAGAAGCAUCUGUCGUUGAGACUCAGAGUACUAUGACAAACUCUAGCGUUGCAGAACCUAUGGAUCUCAAGUGCUUCAAGGAUUCUGUCCGGACCAGCACAAUAGUUAGUAGCAUUCAGGAACCGCGACUGCCACUUGAAAAUUGGAAUGCAGGGGAUGCUCUGCUUGAAACCCCUCAUGAGAGGCCUGUUCCUUCUGUGGUACCUAAAAUGGAUUGCCAAUUUUGUCCUGCCUUUAUCCGGGACCCUCGAUUGCCCCAUGAAAAUCCUCUGAUGGAAUUGAAAAAGCCAACUCAUGAUGUGUCUGGAAUGAGGAUUGAGUGCUCAAAGGAUCCAUUUUCCACCACCAGGACCAUCGAAAGCAUUCCCGUACAGCAACCGUCGAUUGGAAACCAGAAUGCAGGGAAUUCUCUGACUGAAAGUGAGAGGCCUGUUCCUUCCAUCGAACCACAAGGAGGCCAGUUUCGUCAUACCUUGAUUCAGAAACUACAAAUCCGCCGUCCAAGUCCUUACAAGAAAGUAAAACAACCAAACGAUGACAUCCUUGCAAUGAUGCCUGAACGCUCCGAGGAUUCAUUUAUGUCCAGCAGGAUAAUUCAAAGCAUUCCUAAACUGCAGCCGUCUCUCGGAAAUCAGAAUGUGGGGGAUUCUCUGCUUAAAGCCCCAUGCAAGAAGCCUGUGCCUUCUAUGGAACCACAGACUGAUCACCAGUUUUGUCCCCUAUUGAUUUGUAAAUCACAGGCUCCUUUUCAAGAUCCUUGCGUGAAAGCCAAAUGUCCAAGUAAUGAUGUCUCUGGAACGGCACUUGAGUUCUCAAAGGAUAUGUUUAUGACUGACAGGAUAACCCAGAACAUUUCUGAACAGAAAGUGUUGCCUGAAGAGGAGGAGGAUACAGGGAAUUCUGUGCUUGAUUAUCCAAGCAAGAGGCCUGCUCAUCUUAUGGAACCACAAAUCAUUCACCAUUUUGGUCCUGCCUUGAUUCAAGAAUCUCAGUUUCCUUGUGAAAAUCCUUACGUGGAAGUAAAAAAGCCAGACGGUGAUGUCCCCGGGAGUUCCAAAGAAGACUAUUUUUCGACUGCUCUGAUUUUAACCUUUACCAACCUUAAUCUAGCUCCUUCAGUAACUAAGCUGCACAAGAUGUUCAGCUGCUUUGGUCCCUUGAAGGAAUCAGAGUCGAAAGUGUUGAACAAGAGCAAGCAGGUCAAAAUAGUUUUCAAGAAUCGUUUGGAUGCAGAAACUGCUUUCAUCAAACUUGGAGAGCACCGUAUUUUCGGGCCAUUACUUCGAAGUUAUCGCCUCAAGUAUGUGCGAUCUUGCUCUCCUGAAGCUUCUCCUUCUCACCUAAGAAAGCACAAGAAGAAGUUUCAGCAAGAUAACCUGUGACUUCAGGGAUCUAUAAUAAGGUCUGGACCUUUUGCAUUUGGAAGACUUGAGGUUUCUAAAUAAUGCUCUGUAAGGCGUCAUUUGCUGCGAGUUGCUGAUGAUUGAUGACACGGUGUCAAAAUUGCCAGCAAAAACCUCCUCUUCGAUACUUUGCAUAAUCGACCGCCAGCAUCGGACUCAACCUUCAUGGUCCUUUUUGUUAGAUCUUGAGGGCAAAAGUGAUGUCGAUGAAAAUGUAUUUACUCUUCUGUGCCCUCCAUUUUUUUUGUUUGGCCAGGAAAGGUAACCUUGGUUGGGAUAUUAAGUUCGGUCUCUGCCAUGGGAAAACAAAACAGGUUUUCCAUAUAAUUUAUGGAGUUGAGAGAGGAUCUGAAUAGCAUGCUAACAGCUUUAGCUA